UAGAACAUCAAGAAAUCAAGAUGAAUCAACCACAGGCUCAACAGCAAAUGCUUUCAGAUCUUGAAGUAGACAUGAUGACUGAUUUAUAUAACAGGCUCUCAACCGCCUGUCAUAAGAAGUGUAUACCUCCAAAGUAUCACGAAGGGGAUCUAAAUAAAGGAGAGGCGAUAUGUCUUGACCGCUGUGUAGCAAAGUUUCUAGAGGUCCACGACAGAAUAGGAAAGAAACUAACUUCGAUGUACAUGCAAGACGAACAGAUGAUGAAACAAAUGCAGCAGCAACAAAGAUAAUAAUUAUUAUAUAUAAAAAUAAUUAUGACUGAUAAUGUAUUUGAUAACAAUAUAUAAUAAAAAUAAUGUAUAAUAAUACUUGUUUAAUACCUUAAUAUGUGAAUUCUAUUGUAUUAUCAUAAUAAUAAUUACUUUU